AUGGAUGUCAAGGCAAGAUCCAAGGCAAUGAGGGAAAUACUCACUCGCCUAGUUGAAAGAGCCCGAGGAGCAAUCGAAGUGAAAGUUUUCGGAGACAAGGUUAUCUUGGACGAAGAUGUCGAAAAUUGGCCUCGAUGCGACGUCCUCAUAUCGUUCUUCUCCACUGAUUUCCCUCUAGACAAAGCUAUAUCUUAUGUCAAGCUACGCAGUCCCUUUUGUAUUAAUGAUCUGCCUCCACAAGCUCUCCUCUGGGAUCGUCGUCUCGUCGGUGCCCUUCUAGAUCACCUUCAAGUACCUACACCGAAGCGGUUAGAGGUCUCUCGAGAUGGUGGUCCAAAAGUCGACGAAGACCUCAGGAUUUCCAUGAAAAAUAAACUCGGUGUCGACCUUGGAGGCUUCCAGGUCACUCCUGAGGUAUCUAUUCGCGAAGAUGGAGAUGCCAUCAUCAUAGAUGGUCAAGUACUAGAAAAGCCUUUCGUGGAAAAACCUGUUAGUGGCGAGGAUCACAACGUGUACAUAUAUUUCCGAGGUGGAGGCGGCCGCCGCUUGUUUAGAAAAGUAGGAAACAAGUCAAGUGAUCUCGAUGCGAAUUUACACCAUCCUAGGACCGAUGGCUCUUACAUCUAUGAAGAAUUUAUAGACGUUGAUAACUCGGAAGAUAUCAAAGUUUACACGGUUGGUAAGGAGUAUUUCCAUGCAGAAACACGAAAGUCCCCUGUUGUCGAUGGGGUCGUGAGACGAAAUACAGAAGGCAAAGAGAUCCGUUUUAUCACUCAUCUCAGCGAACAGGAAAAGUCCUGGGCUGCCAAGAUAUGUCAAGGAUUUGGACAAAAUGUAUGCGGCUUUGAUAUGCUAAGAUGUAACAACGGAGAAAGAAGUCAGAUCAUUGACGUGAAUGGGUGGAGCUUUGUCAAAGGCAACGAGUCAUACUAUGAUCGAGCUGCCGAAAUCCUUGCCUCUCUUUGUGUCCGCGUAUCUUCCUCUCCGGACAGACCGCUUCCAGCGGCCGACCUCACCUCCCAAGAAUCCUCCACCUGGCUACUCAAAGCCAAUGUAACUGUAUUCAGGCACGCUGAUCGCACCCCAAAGCAAAAACUGAAAUUCAGUUUCCCCAUCGGAGAAGUCUGGACUCGCCCUUUCGUCAAAUUACUUAACGGCGAAAAGGAGGAGAUUAUCCUAAGAGAGCAAACGCAACUGAAAUUAGUUGCUUUGGCUGUGGGGGAGGCAAAGUCUCUCGGAGCGAACGGAGAGGACCUUGCCAAAUUGACGCAGCUUAACACCGCAUUGUCCAGUAAGAUCGAUUUGCCCGGAACUAAAGCACAGUUGAAGCCCGUAUAUUCAAAACGACAUGCCGGACAAGUAAGAAGGUUGACAAAACUAACAUUGGUCUUCAAAUGGGGCGGGGAAUUUACUCAUUCAGCUAGAUAUCAAUCACGAGAUUUGGGAGAGAAUAUGAAGAAAGAUCUGUCAAUCAUGAAUAAGGAAGCACUGCAAAAUGUUAAAAUAUACACAUCUUCUGAACGGCGUGUUAUCGCAUCAGCAGAGAUAUUUGCUGCUGCACUUUUAGAACCUCAACAUCCGUCUUACUCGGCCCCUUCAUCCACGCCUAGCUCUCGUACUUCCCGCUCUUCUAGUGAUGGCCUCUCCAUCAAUGGCGGUGCUCUCCCUAAGAAUGGACAACAAACUCUACCUCUGGCUCUUAUUAUUCGGAAAGACCUUCUGGACGAUUCUAAUGCUGCCAAAGAUCUCAUGGACGAUGUGAAAAAAAGGCUCAAGAUAUUGCUGAGGCCUGGAGAGCCCGAGAAGAGGCCGGAAUUGACCUGGCCCAAAAGCAUGAAAAAGGAGCCUGUUGAGGUGGUCAAGGAAGUGAUAGAGCUCCUGAGCUCUUUUAGAGCUAUCAUGAAGCGAAAUUUUGAGACUAUGGACGUUGAUAAGAUACAGGAACGAUGGUGCUGCGGUGAUGAGCCUUGGCUGUUCCGGGAACGAUGGGAGAAGUUAUUUGAAGACUUCUGUGAUGUUGAACAAAAGAAAUUCGAUCCUUCUCGUGUAUCAGAGCUCUACGACACCAUCAAAUACUGCGCAUUACAUCAUCGCACCUUUCUGUUUUCUAUUUUCGAUGAGAAUAUAGGCAUGGGAAAAGAUCAUCGAGGUCAGGAUCGGAAGUUGCAUGAACUCUAUGGGCGAGCAAAGGCACUGUUCGACCUAGUUGCACCUCAAGAGUAUGGGAUUGAGCCAGAUGAGAAAGAGGAAAUUGGUGUUCUCACAUCCUUGCCUCUUCUGCGGAAGGUUGUGGAAGACUUGGAGGCUGCUCGGAACAACGGCGGCAGUUCUUUGACGCUCUAUUUCACCAAAGAAAGUCAUAUACACACCUUGAUGAAUCUUGUACUACACUCUGGUCUACCCAUUGCCAACCGACGAAUACCGGAGCUUGACUACUGUGUAUGUAAUAUCACACCCUUUGAACUAUAUGAGCGCAAUUUCGGUCGCGGGAAGUCCGAUAAAGAAUACUCCAUCAGACUUUCAUUGAGUGAAGGCGCACACUCUUCUAAUGUGCUUGAUUCAACCCUGGAUGCACGGCACUCCUUGAAUGUGCAACCACGAAGAAAACUCACACAACACUUACCUUAUAUUCUUGUAAUUGAAAAGCUUUCAAAACAUUUUGGUAGAAUGACCGAGGAUGAAGACACUGGCACAGAUACCCCUUUCGAGACAAUCCAACCUCUUCACCCGCUCCGCGUACCAGUCAGAAUCAACAAUGACAGUAGUAGUGACGACCCCGGACAAGACGCCAGUUAGAAUACAUACAAAUACGGAGCCGGAUCGCUAACUUUUCGAUGGAGAUGUUUUGGUUUAUCUUGGGACUUCAGAUAGAUUACACUACUAUGUAUCGUAUUCAACUUUGAGGAUGAAUGCUGUUUCCACAUUGUUCAUUCUGUCUCAGUAUUCCAUUCACUAAUUCCUAGUUUGGUUCGUAAAGCAUUUAGCUGAUCAGGUUUCGUCUCGCUAAAACGUAGCGAGUCCUUGUUUUUGACUGUGUCGAAAAGCGUGGAGGCAGAUCGAGAGAGCUCAGAUGAUUGGUUCGCCAAGGCUGCGAAAGAAGAUGUCGUAUCAUGGUACCUAUUGAAAGCUUCCUUGUUGAGGCAAUCGACUUCUCUUAUCUCGUCAAGGGCGUGCUUCUUGAAAGCAGCCUUUACCCAGUGAAGUACAUCAAAGACGUGAUGCUCCUUUGGUCUCCAGGGACGAAAUCGAGGAGCCAAGUUAAAGAGGCGAGUUUGGGGUGAAAUAAGAGGGUGAAAGAUAUCAGUGAGAAAGCGUACAGUCGGCGGACGUUCUGGAUAGUCGCUUGGGAAAACCAGUUCAAACUUCAGCACAGAGUCGGCAUAGUAUCCUUGAUGGACGAAAAAGACAGCGCUCCAAGAAAGGACGUUUUCAGCUGAGGGAAUGACAUACAUCCCCAGAGGACAAUGGCCACUGUGUCGCAAGGAAGCAUAUUCGAGUGAUACAGCAGUUCGAGUGACUGGAUUGACAGGGACUUCAGCAGCAGGGUUUAUUGUUUUUGGGCGAGCUUUAGCUUUUGACGGUGGUCCUAAAUCCAUUGUAGGUGACGCGACAAGCCCACUAAACAUCUUAGCGAUUGAUGUUUCUGAUAUGACAGUUGUCUGCAGACCUGAGAAUCUAUACUGCAGCCGAGGCGAUGAACUUGGAUCUCUACUGUAAUAACCGUUUACAGAGCUACUCCGCAGCCUGGAGUUGCUCCAGCUUAAAGUUGGUCCAUGUGUGUGGCGGGCUGCCU